GCAGCGCAGGCAGGGUGGGGCUGCAAGCCAUGGGCACGGGGCUUCAUAGAACUCUGCAGACCUCAUUCCACCUGCUGCCACCCCUCCUUGCCCCUGGCCACAUCUUUUGAGUCAUGUUAAGUACAAUCUGACCAGUUCUUUUUGAGGAUAACUUCGGGAUGCCUCUAGGAUUCCUUGUUCUAAAGCUUGUCUUAUAUGUGCACCAGGAAGGCUCUAAAAGCAUUCUGAAUGCUGUGAAAUACGUGUACAGAAGAGACCAAAGCUAAUUUUUCUUUCUAAGAUCUAUAAGGUUUCCUUUUGGCUUGCUACUGUUUUCUAAUUUUAUUGUACUGUGUUCAGAGAAUGUGGUACGAGGUAUAUUUAUUUUAGUAUCUGUAUACCUAAUGUCCGGCUUAUGAAGCAAAAUAUUACACAUUCAGUCAUUUCAAAAUAUUGUAAGUUCAGCCUCUGUAUUUUUAUCUAGUCACAUUCCAUUCAUCCUGUCAUGGAAAAAAAAUUCAGUAUUUAUUAUUGCUAUGUAUGUUUUAAUAUUUUCACUACACAUCUCACUCCCUAAACAAUAUACAGUGGGGCAAAAGUAGGCUUACAGUUGUGAGUACUCGAAACAUGAGUUUAUUCUUGUUUUAUUAAUUAUUGUAUUAUUUUCCAUAUGAACAAUUGUAAAACUACUUUACUCCGCCCUGUAUGGUAUUAUUUUUUAAGCAUUUAGGGUUUUAAUGUAUGCUUUAGCAAUUUGCUUUUUGCCUAGGCAAAAAUAUUUCUUUUGUUUUGCUUUUUCUUUGUAAGAUUCAUGAAGUAGUAGUUUAUUUUCAGGGCCAUGUGGUACUUUAUUAAAGGAUAUAACUUUAAAAAAAAUAUAUAUAUAUAUAUCUUUGAUCUCAGAGGGGAAGGGAGAGGGAGAGAGAGAUAGAAAUAUCAAUGAUGAGAGAGAAUUAUUGAUUUGCUGCCUCCUGCACAGCCCCUACUGGGGAUCGAGCUCACAACCUGGUACCUUUCCUGACUGGGAAUUGAACCAGCAACCUCUUAGUUCCUGGUCAUUGCUCAACUGCUGAGCCCACCAGCUGGGCUGUAUAUAAAUAUUUUAUAGGUUAAUUUAUAAAAACUACUAAUAAAAUUGUGACUUUUAGUGAAUAAAGAAAGAACUUGACCUCAUUUAAUGGAAACUAGUGGCUAUUAACAUGCCCAUGUUAGAUUUAGGCUUUCUGAAACACAUAAAAUUAAUAUUCAGCUUUCAGAUGAAAAAAAUAGUUUGAGUACCAGUUACUUUUUACUUUCAUUGAGCAAUAAUUUUGUAAAUUGCAUUACUCUAAUUAUUCACAAGAGGCCAUAUGUAAGUGAAUUUUGGAUGAAUGGGAAUGGGAUUGGCAUAGACACAUCAAUACUUAUUAACAAGUGUACAUUAGAUAAAAUGUCUAUUUUUAUUAAGAGCUCACCCAUUUACACUGGUAGUGGGAGGCCAGUGUGAAAAGUAUGAAUGAAUGAAUGGUCUAUUUUAAAAUAAAACAUUUAAAAAUUUUAAGAAAUAAAAUAAAUGUAAUUUUAUUACUUUCAGACUCUUUAAUAUUUUCAUUGAUGGAUAGUUCUGGAAUUUUAGGAAAAUUGUGCUUCCUCUAAGAAUCUGUUUUGUUUUUCUUUUCUUUGACAGCAAGAACUAUAUAUUUAAUGUCCCAUAUUCCCCAUUUUGCUUUGACUGCCAGGAAGCUCAGGGACAAAUUCACAGCCUACUAAAAUCUGUUUAGGCCUUUCUGGCCUGCAUGUUUGCAUUGUAUUUACCACUCCAACCCAUUUCGACUUUGUAACCCAAUUUUUUCCUUUGUUUACACAUAAAAAAUUUUCCUGCUUAUGAAAUUUUAUUUAAGAUGCCUCAAAUCUUUUGUGGACUGAGAUUAUAUAUAAAUAAAAAUUAUUUAUAAAUAAAUAAAAUAGAUUCAGUGUUCUUUUCACUAAGUUUAGCUACAUAAGUAUAUAAAUAUACUUGUAUGCAAAUUUGUAGCAGCAACACCUUGCAGUUGAGUUGUGUUUCCAGUUAUUUAUUUGCUGUGGUUAGCUUUUAACCCCCAAAGUUCUCUGAUAGAAACAGACUAGGUACUACGCUCCCAGAACACUAACAUUCUUAAGCGUAAAACAUAGCCAUGAAACUUUGGAAUAGGUGGUGACUGCCAUUUGCAGCUUAAACUUGGAAAGAAAAUAGUUUGUGUUCCACUGAAAGAAGUUCAGAAUGUACCCAUGGCAUGGCCUCCCCACCACUCCCACCCAGAUCUUUCCCCACAUCUGUUCCACUUCCUUCCUUCCACUGGUACCGCCAGGAACUCUAGUGACAAUUGCUGCCCUGGAACUUCCAGGGGGGAGGGGGGCCACAAAGAGGGGAUCAGAACUGGACAAGGUUCAGCUGUGGUGGCAGGUCCUACAAGCAUUCAUGGUGAAGCCGUGAAAAAAGCCUGGGGUGUUGGGAGGAUGGCAGUGAAGAACACCUCCAUUGGAAAGGAUUCUGAAAGAAAUGAAGAAGCCCAUCGGAAAUGAAGUCAGUGGCCUCACGGCCUUCUGUUGACUGGACUGGCGUCUUGCCCCCCUGCAAGGCACUCUGCAGGAUGUUUGCUGAGGUCAUUCAUCAGAUUGACGAGGCGCUCGAUGAAGACGAGAGGGAGAUGCUUCUGUUUCUGUGCCGAGAUGUUGUUGCAGAUGUGUCUGCAUUUAACGUCAGGGACCUUUUGGACACUUUAAAUGAAAGAGGAAAACUGUCUCACAUGGGCCUGGCUGAGCUGCUCUACAGAGUGAGGCGCUUUGACCUGCUCAAGCGGAUCUUGAAGAUGGACAAAAGGGCAGUGGAGGCCCACCUGCUCGGACACCCACAUCUUGUUUCAGACUACAGGGUGCUGAUGACUGAGAUCGGUGAACAUUUGGAUAAAUCUGAUAUGUCCUCAUUAAUUUUUCUCAUGAAGGAUUAUAUGGGCCGAGGCAAGACAGCCAAGGAUAAGAGCUUCUUGGAUCUUGUGAUGGAGUUGGAGAAGCUAAAUCUGGUUGCUCCAGAUCAAUUGGAAUUAUUAGAAAAAUGUCUGAAGAACAUCCACAGAAUAGACCUGAAGACAAAAAUCCAGAAAUACAAGCAGUCUGCUCAAGGAGCAGAAUCAAGUUAUGUAAAUGGCCUCCAGGCAUCUCUCCCAAACUUGAGUAUUAAGGACCCUUCAUAUAACUUAAGGCUUCAGAAUGGGAGGAGUGAAGGACAAAGACCCACGGUGAGCCACCCUGACAUGCAAAGAGAACCAGUGAAGACGUCCGUUCAAGAAUCAGGAGCAUUCCUGCCUCGGCCCAUCCCAGAGGACAGGUACAAGAUGCAGAGCAAGCCCUUGGGAAUCUGCCUGAUACUGGAUUGCAUCGGCAACGACACAGACGUUCUUCGGCACACCUUCGCUUCCCUGGGCUUUGAAGUCUGGUGUUUCUCAUUUCUGACGAUGAACCUUAUGAGUCAUCAUCUUCGCCAAGUUGCCUAUCGGACUCACCACCAAGACAAGGACAGCUUUGUGUGCGUCCUGGUGAGCCGAGGGGGCUCGCAGAGCCUGUUUGGUGUGGAUCAGACUCACUCAGGGCUGUCUUUGGAUCAGAUCAGGAGGAUGUUCAGGGGAGAUGCAUGCCCUUCUCUCUUGGGAAAGCCAAAGCUCUUUUUUAUUCAGAACUACGAGAAGUCAGAGAGUCACAUGGAAGACAGCAGCCUCCCAGAGGUCGAUGGGCUAGCAGCGAACAACAUGGAUGCCAAAUCCUGGCAGCCUGAGCCCUGCACGGUUCACCCAGAAGCCGACUUCUUCUGGAGCCUGUGCAAGGCAGAUGCGUCUCUGCUGGACCGGUGCCCCACCUUAUCGUCCCGGUACCUACAAUGCCUCUCCCAGAAGCUGCAGCAGGAGAGAAGUCGGCCACUUGUGGAUCUCCAUCUUGAACUGAACAGCAGUAUGUAUGACUGGAACCGCGGAGUACCUGAUAAGGAGAAGUACCACGUCUUGCUGCAGCAUACUCUGAGAAAGAAACUCUUUCUCUCUUGCAAAUGAAAAGCUGAAGACUGCUGAGCAGGUGUGGCUCGGUUAGUAGAGUGUCAUCUCAUGCACAGGAAGUUGACAGUUAGGUUCCCAGUCAGGGCACAUGCCUAGGUUGCAGGCUUUAUCCCUAGUGUGGGGCAGUGGGAGGCAGCCAAUCCACGUUUCUAUCUCUCUAUCUCUGAAAUCAAUAAUCAAAACACAUCUCUCUAUAUAAAAGCCUAAGCGACCAUCGCAACCAAAUGGAUAACCAGGCCGGCAGGGGUGUUAGUGAGGGACGACCAAAUGACUGAGCAGCAGACUGCAAAGAUGGCGGUGCCCACAGCCAAUAAGGAGGGAAUAUGCUAAUUGACUGCCACGCCCUCAAAGAUGGUGGUGCCCACAGCCAUAAGAUGGCCAGUAGGGGAGGGCAGUUGUGGGUGAUCUGGCCGGCAGGGGAGCAGUUAGGCGUCAAUCAGGCUGGCAGGGGGGUAGUUAGGGAGUGAUCAGGUUGGCAGGCAGAAGCAGUUAGGGGCAAUCAGGCAGACAGACAGGCGAGCGGUUAGGAGCUAGCAGUCCUGGAUUGUGAGAGGGAUGUCCCAGGUUGGAGAGGGUGCAGGCUGGGCUGAGGGACAAUCCCCAGUGCACAAAUUUUGUGCACCGGGCCUCUAGUUUUAAGAUAAAAUCCAAAGACCUUUCUUUAGUCCUGCACUCUCUAUCACUAUCCAGAGAGUAACUUUCAAGCGAAUGUUCAUGAGGUGGGAGAAGAAGCCCUGGCUGGUGUGGAAAUGACCCUCCGAGAGGCAUGUUGGAGGGGAAGGAGUAUUUGACUAGAGCUUGGAGGUGAAGGCCUUGGGUGCUAUUGCUGAAACAGCUUCUCAGUCAGUGUUGGGAAGGAAAAGAGCUUUGAAACUUAAAAAUUGAGUUGAAUUUAGAAACUGAAUUGGGCAUCUCAGGAUUAUGUUGCUUUCCAUGAUAGCGAUUAAGUCAAGCACCAAUCAAAAGCCAUAGAGAGCCUUCUUUUUCUUUUUUUAAUU